UAUCACAUACAUGUUCACAUGAUUCUCUUGCACUUUUGGUGAAGAUCCCUUUCAGAUGCUUUUUCUACGCUUGACUGUUUCUUUCAAUCAAACCAAUCACACACUUAAUUCUUCGUUUCUCAAUUUUUCUCUUCAGUCUGUUAUUUAAAUCCGUACUUUUCUCGACAAAUUUGUAAGACAACGUGGUAAACUCAAUCUGAAAUUUCUAACAAUUGCUCCGCCAUUCAUUGAACCAUUCUCAGCAAUUACUGAAACUUGAAAAAAAACACACACACACUCUCUCUGAAACCAAGAGCUCUCUCAGAUUUUUUUUUUUUUUUUUUAUUCAUAUUUUUGUGUUUCUGAAGGUUAGAGAGAGGGAGAGAAAAGUGGGAGAGAGAGAUGGAGGCUGUUCUACAGACAAAAGGGCUUCUUUCUCUAUCUCCAAAUCCCAAAAUCAGGGCUUUCAAUCCACCGCAAGAGGGAUUCAGGCAUAGGUUCAACACCUUCAAACCUAAAACCCUUGGUGGGUUUUCUCUUUCUCUCAAUGGUUUCCAAAAAAUUCAUGGGUUUGUCACAAAAUCUCACGGGGUUGCCCCCAAAAAUAGAACUUCACUUAUCUGCAGGGCUGAGGCUGCAGCAGCUGCUGAUUGGCAGCCACUAUAUAGAGAAGUGGAGUCACCCAAGUUUAUGGGUAUUGAGCUUGUCACUCUCAAGAAGAUUGUUCCACUUGGAUUGAUGUUCUUUUGCAUACUCUUCAAUUACACAAUUCUUAGGGACACCAAAGAUGUUCUGGUUGUGACAGCUAAAGGGUCUAGUGCUGAGAUUAUACCAUUCUUGAAAACCUGGGUGAAUUUGCCCAUGGCUGUUGGGUUUAUGCUGUGGUACACAAAAUUAUCUAAUGUGUUGUCAAAGCAGGCCCUCUUCUAUACUGUUAUUGUCCCCUUCAUCGCCUUUUUCGGGGCCUUUGGGUUUGUCUUGUAUCCUCUCAGCAACUAUUUUCAUCCUACAGCUCUUGCUGAUAAGCUUCUAGCCACGCUCGGUCCGAGGUUCCUUGGUCCGCUUGCAAUUAUGAGGAUCUGGAGUUUUUGUUUGUUCUAUGUCAUGGCUGAGCUUUGGGGAAGUGUGGUGAUCUCUGUGCUCUUUUGGGGGUUUGCCAAUCAGAUAACAACUGUAGAAGAAGCCAAAAGAUUCUACCCUCUGUUUGGGCUUGGCGCCAAUGUUGCCCUUGUUUUCUCAGGUCGGACAGUGAAGUAUUUCUCUAAUCUGAGAAAGAAUUUGGGUCCUGGAGUUGAUGGUUGGGCUGUCUCCCUGAAAGCAAUGAUGAGCAUUGUAGUGCUGAUGGGGCUUGUAAUCUGUUUUCUGUAUUGGUGGGUGAAUAAAUUUGUUCCUCUUCCAACUCGUAGUAUGAAGAAGAAGGAGAAGCCGAAGAUGGGGACAAUGGAGAGCUUAAAAUUCUUGGUGUCUUCGAGAUACAUUAGGGAUCUUGCCACUUUGGUGGUAGCAUAUGGUAUUAGCAUCAACCUUGUUGAGGUUACGUGGAAAUCAAAGCUCAAAGCUCAGUUUCCUAGCCCAAAUGAAUACUCUUCCUUUAUGGGUGAUUUCUCAACUGCCACCGGAAUAGCAACUUUUACAAUGAUGCUGUUAAGCCAAUGGAUAUUUAACAAGUAUGGUUGGGGAGUCGCUGCAAAGAUCACACCCACUGUCCUGCUACUCACUGGAGUUGGCUUCUUUUCUCUGAUUUUGUUUGGGGGCCCACUUGCACCUGCUAUUGGGAACCUUGGGAUGACUCCACUUCUAGCGGCUGUUUAUGUGGGUGCAAUGCAAAACAUUUUCAGCAAGAGUGCCAAAUACAGCUUGUUUGAUCCUUGCAAGGAAAUGGCAUAUAUUCCUUUAGAUGAAGACACCAAGGUUAAAGGGAAGGCAGCCAUUGAUGUUGUCUGCAACCCAUUGGGGAAGUCCGGCGGCGCUUUGAUCCAGCAGUUCAUGAUCUUAACCUUUGGUUCACUUGCAAACUCAACUCCUUACCUUGGAGGGAUACUUCUGGUAAUUGUUCUUGCAUGGUUAGCGGCGGCCAAGUCUUUGGAUACCCAGUUCACUGCGUUGCGUCGGGAGGAAGAGCUUGAGAAGGAGAUGGAAAGGGCAGCUGUGAAAGUCCCACUUGUAGCACAAAAAGAAACUGGAAAUGGUUCUCUUGCCAGUGGGUUGGCACCAGACGACUCAGUCAGCAGUUCAUCUGAAACCUCAACUCCCCGCAAUAUUUGACAAUAUCGUUCAAUUAAUUGCAAAAAAGGAAGAUUAAGCAAAGAUGACAAUUCAAUGUACCGUCAGGUGAUUUGCUGGUUGAAGAAUUUCUCUCUUUUUAUAGAAGUAAUCAGAACAUGCUGCUUGUAGAAUUUUACUCUUUUUAUAGAAGUAAUCAGAACAUAUUGGUUGUAGGGUUUUGUACUAUUUAUAGAAAUAAUCAGGACCAAGGCAUAUAGCCAACUUUCUAGUUUCUUCUAAAAUAUAGAUGUGAUGUGAUGUGAUGAGCUUAUUCUGUAUAAUUCAAGUUCUUUUUUGUAGAACAUGCAUUGAAUUUAUAUUUAAUGUAUUGGGAAACUUUCUUGUCAA